AUGGCUUCCAAAAUUCAUUCACCAGGCAUAUGGAGCAAACCGGAUGACCAGGUUACAGGCAAUGACUGUAUCGUUGACGCUACGAGACAUGCUUCUUUGAACACAGAUCUCUCAACCCAGGCAAGGCAUUAUGAAAUUUCGACUGCAUCGCAAUCACAUCGAGAGACGCAAAGCUCCAUGGAUCAAACAGCCAUGGUUCACAUGCAAUUCCCAGACGUCAUCGCCGCUGAUGAGCGUCCCCCCGGCGCAUUCCUCGAGCUCGCUCACCUUCAGAGCCACGCUGGCGACAUCUCCACUUGCCGUCCCUCCCACGCCGGCCCAGUCCAAGAACACGGUAGUCCUCGCCUUCCCAGGUCCCAAGGGCUCCCGCCUGAGCUCCCGAGCCUUUUUGCAGAGAUAAUCUUCGUCCUCGCCUGCACAGGCGGCCAGCUCGUCGCCGCCCUCCUCAUCGGCCAGGUCGCCGUAACGCAGGGCGUCUUUGGCAACGCACUCGGCAUCCCGCCCUCUCAAAUCCCCUGGCUCCUCGGAUCCUCUAAUCUUGCGACAGGCUUAUCAGUCAUAAUUUCUGGCUCGUUGGCUGACCUCGUCCCACCGAAACCGCUCAUAGUAGGUGGAUUUCUCUGGGAAGCGGUGUGGAACGUGAUAGCGGCUGUAGCUAUCAGCCCGCGGCUGAAAAUCCUGUUUUUCGUCGCAAGAGCAAUGCAGGGAUACCAAAGGCGGAGGAAAAGGAACAUGUGCAUUGAUUGA